AUGGCAGAUACCGAGGUUUUAAAAAAAUUAAAGGAUGUUCCAUUUCGAAUUCAAAGCUCAAGUAUCAAAGAGCGGCGAGAAGUUAUUGAGGAGAUAAAAGACGUUCUCGGGUCACCAGGAAUCACUGAACCAGCUGUGCGGUUCAUUUGUAGAAUAUUAAUAUUGACAUUGCAUAGAUAUAGAGAUUCUUCAUCUCAGUCAUAUGUAAAAAGUUUACUGUCGUUCCUUGCAAUAAACCAUCAACAAUGGACAUUUAAGAAUUUAGUACCUCUUUUGCUAGAAAUAUCUGAACAACUAAGGAAUACAGCUACGUCAAAGAGUAUAGCUCAAACUGGUCUAUAUGCCCUUCGUUGGACAACAGUCCUAGUGGAAAAUUGUAUUAAAGCCGAUAAAGAUGAAGUGGAUUAUAUUCCUCUGGUGUUGUGUCAAUCAAAUUUGCUUGCUGUUGUUACUGCAUAUGGGGAGAAACGCUAUAGUGAGAAAGCAUACAUUAUGUUACAUACAUCAUGGAAUGCUAUUGAAAUAGAAAAGCUACAAAAAUGGAUUGAUGUGUUAUUAUUGCAAGCAUCUGACUCUGGUCCACAUUUAUGUGUUGCAUUUUCAGCUCUGUGUAGACAUUUAAAAGAAAUAAGUAAACAAGAAUUAAUUCUUCAACAUAAGGGAAAAAUGUUGGAAAGUUUUACAAAGAGUUUGAUCAGUGUAAAAAUUCGACCAAACCCUAACUACAUUCAUGGUUGUUCUGAUGUUUUACAUCUCCUUCUGGCCACAGAUAUUAAAGAAACUCUAUUGCCAGCUCUACAUAAAGCCAUGUUGAGAAGCCCAGAGACAAUUAUAGAAGCUGUUGGAGUUGUUGUCGACAACCUCAAUAUUCAACUAGAUGCACUAGCAGUUGACAUAGGAAAAGGCUUAAUAGUUAACACGCAUUCUCGCGAUGAGUGGACUCGCUCCGCUGCCAGUGAAGCGCUUUCUCGAGUAGCCAGACGCUGUUCUGCUCUGGCCGCUUCGAAGACACUACUUACGGCAGCUAUUGCAGAGUAUAACGGAGCCAGUGGAAAACUUACCUCGAGCGAAGACAAGAUUGCUGUUCUUAAUGCUGUGGGCACAUUAAGUGAAGUCGGUGUCUCCGAUGAAGACUUUGCGGCAUUGUUGGAUGAAGUAAUCACGCAGAUGUGUAGGAUGAUAGAAGCCGAAUCGCAUGAACGUACGCUGUGUGUAGCACUCGAAGUGCUCCACCGCUGGGCCCGUCGCUCCAAUGCGCAUUUGCCAGAAAAAAUACUUCAAAUGUACAAGAAAAAUCUGCCAGCCAAGAGCACGACACAAGCGGUGAGGAUCGCCUACGCUUCAAUGGUCUCCCGUCUGGUCGUCGUACGUGGUGCGUCGCCUGCGCAAGCUGAGACGCUCAAAUCGAUGCUGCUCCCUAUUGUUGAUAAAGCUAUACAACAACCACUUCAACAUUUGAUUGUAAGCGAAGGUAUAUGUGCAAUGGUAUCGCUAGUGAAAUUGGACGCGCGCCAGGAGCUGCUGUCGAAGCCACCCAUUUGGAAUGCCUUAAUGCACGCAGACAAGCAUAUCCUUCUCCACGACAGACUGCUCUCCGUUGCGCAAGAUGACGUCCUAAUACAGGUGGUGUUGCUAUGCAGAUCAGUUUUGGAAAACUACCAAAGUGUUGCCAGCGAUAAGAAUGCUCCCGUAUUCAAGGCCUUUAUUCUUGUGUUGCUAUCGCCUGUAAAGCUGGUUCGAACGGCGGCCAUUCAAGAAGUUAAAGCGCUGCUGGCCAAAGAAGAUAGAGCGUUAUUAGCUAGAUAUUUAAUACAAAGAUUAAACGCGAUAUUGGAGGAGGGAAAAAUAUUUCAUGUCAAGGAGAAGACCCCACCAGAAGAGAAACCAGAAGUCACCGGAAAGAUUAUUUUGGAUUGCGUGCAAGCACUUUGUUUUUUCAGAGAUUACUCAAAGGAAGACUCGGCGGCGCUAGCAAUAGACGCCUUGCCUAGUUGCCACCACCCCUUGGCUGCGGCGAUCAAUAAGUGGGCUUGGGUCAAACUGGUUCGCUACUUGCGCCAUGAGCCUCGUAAAUUAGUCGCCAUCCACUCUAACAAUUUAAAGAAUACCUAUAUCAACGGGUACACGCCGACAGAGACUGCAUCAAAUGUCGUCUCGACUCUCGCUUGGUGCAACAGCGAGUCGCUGGGAGGUGCAGCGUUAGCAGCGGCCCUCAACGCGCUGGGCGACCCAGAAAUGUUGAGAGUGAAUCGGGAUGAAUACUUCACGUACCUCACACCACCUUCAGACCUCUAUGACAAGAGUGUUAUACCCGGUAAUGAAGACAACAAAGAAAUGAACCUUAAACGUGAAAGCAAAGCAUACAGCUACAAGGAACAACUAGAAGAACUACAAUUACGUCGCGAGCUAGAAGAGAAGAGACGCAAAGAGGGACGCAUAAAGGAGGUUCCCCUAAGUGCGAAACAAAAAGAAGCGAUUAAGGUGCAAAUGGCUAAAGAAGCGGCAAUCAGGGACAGGCUUACUGCGCUAAACAGUCGCGUAGUGAAUGCCGCGCAAUUAGUGGAGGCAGUACAAAGAGGAUCCCCCAACGCGAUUUGCAUUUGGGCGCGGCGUCUCGUUCCUGCUGUCCUGGACGGUCUUCGGUCGCCUCUUGCAGCGCCCACCCUUCUCCAGACAUAUUGGCAUCUGAAAAGGGCAAUGUUGCCUCAGCAUUCCAUCCUGGCGGAACAUGUGGCCAGGGUCACUAUUAGAUUACAUAAGCCACAAUGCGAUUUAGACCCGAGUUGGGAGGAAGAGGAUCUCGCUAAGGCGACUGGACGCAUCAUCCAUUUGUUAAAUGAAGCAACUGCUGGAAUGAAAGCAAACAAAGUUAAUCACUUCACCGCGCCAGGAUUCUGUUACGUGUUCCCGUUGCUUCAAAAAGGUCUAACAUGUGGUGCAACUCGUACAAACGAAUCUAUGGUCGUGGACGGCCUGGCUGUGAUCACUCAUCACGCGUCUCUGCGCGGUGAGAGCGGCAGUGAUGGCGACGCGUCUCGGGACUUGCUCUACCCCACCCUCUUUCCUAUAGACCACAUGUUUAGACUACUUAUCGAUCUCAUUGGUUCUAGUAGCGGUCGUGUGGCGGCUGCAUGUACGGUGGCGCUCUUGGAAACUGCGCAGUGUGCUGCGCGUGCGCCGAUCACCCAAGAAGACGUCAACUGCCUCCUCGCUGCUUUGCAGAGCCCUGCUGAGGUUGUUCGCGAUGCUGGCCUAAGAGCACUUGGGUGUGUUCUUGAGCGCUUACCGCCUUUCCUGGAACAAGAGGAGACUGCUUUAGAUCUCACCAAGAGGCUUUACAUUGCUACAUUCGAUACCUCGGAAGAUAAUAUGAAACUGGCACAAGACCUCUGGUCAUCGUUACCUCGCGCUGAUGGUUGGAUAACAGAAGCCGAGAUAGAGAUCAUGAACCUAUUGUUAAAGGAAAUACAGCAUCCAUCUGAGCCGGUGCAGCGAGCUGCAGCAUCAGCCCUAGCAGCGCUAGUAUCUCGUGCGCAGCGACAAGAGUGCGCUGCUGACCAAGUACUGCAACGCUUACAUCAAGUUUACAACGAAAAACUACCGCUUAUUCCGGCGAAGUUAGAUCAGUUCGGACACGAAACAGAGGCGGCGGUGGACAACUGGGGUAGCCGCCGAGGUGUCGCGCUCGCCUUACGCGCUUUAGCUUCGUGCUUGCGUGCCGAUAUCGUGCCGCACGCGAUGAGCUUCUUCGUACAGAAGUCCCUCGGGGACCGGCACGAGGUCGUGCGUUCGGAUAUGCUCAUAGCAGCCAUGGCGGUGGUGGAUAUCCACGGGAAGGAUACACUCAGCACCCAACUGCCCGUCUUCGAGAAGUUCCUCGACAACGCUCCUAAAUCCGGCGGAUACGACGCGGUGCGACAGAGCGUUGUGCUGCUGGUGGGGUCGCUUGCGAGGCACUUGGAACCCACCGAUGCGAGAGUCAAACCUAUCACCUUGAGAUUAGUCGCCGCUUUGUCUACUCCCAGCCAGCAAGUACAAGAAGCGGUUAGCAACUGCUUACCACAUCUAGUCACAUCACCAGCGCUCGAGGGUGAAAUACCAACGAUCAUGAAUAAGCUAAUGAAGCAAUUAUUGACAGCAGAAAAGUAUGGAGAUCGUAAGGGUGCUGCCUAUGGCAUAGCGGGAAUAAUAAAAGGCUUAGGAAUCUUAUCGCUGAAGCAACUCGACGUAAUGGGAAAGCUAACAGAGGCCAUUCAGGAGAAGAAGAAUUACAAGUAUCGCGAAGGUGCCCUGUUCGGCUUUGAGAUGCUGUGCUACAAGCUAGGUCGUCUCUUCGAACCGUACAUAGUGCACGUGCUGCCGCAUCUCUUGCUCUGUUUCGGGGACAGUUCUCAGUACGUCCGGGCCGCAGCGGACGAUACGGCCAAGCUCAUUAUGAGCAAACUGUCCGCGCACGGGGUGAAGUUGGUGUUGCCGGCGUUGUUGCAAGCUCUUUAUGACGACAACUGGAGAACGAAGGCCGGAUCUAUUGAAUUAUUGGGUGCCAUGGCGUAUUGUGCUCCAAAACAGUUGUCUUCGUGCCUUCCCUCGAUCGUCCCGAAGCUGAUAGAAGUGUUGAGCGACUCCCACAUGCGCGUCCAACAAGCUGCCGCUGAAGCCCUGAAAGUUAUCGGCUCCGUUAUUCGCAAUCCUGAAAUUCAAGCUAUUGUGCCGGUACUCCUCCAAGCACUUCAGGAUCCGUCCAACAAAACAUCAGCGUGUCUUCAGACACUGCUCGACACGAAGUUCGUGCAUUUCAUAGACGCGCCGUCCUUGGCCCUCAUUAUGCCCGUGGUGCAGCGAGCGUUUCUCGACAGAAGCACUGAGACACGCAAAAUGGCCGCUCAGAUCAUCGGAAAUAUGUACUCGUUGACUGACCAGAAGGAUCUCAUGCCGUACCUUCCAAACAUUAUACCGGGACUUAAGAGCUCUCUCCUCGAUCCAGUGCCAGAGGUCCGUUCAGUAUCUGCACGUGCGCUGGGUGCUAUGGUGAAGGGUAUGGGCGAGAGCAGUUUCGAGGAGCUGUUGCCUUGGUUGAUGCACACCCUCACGUCGGAGUCCAGCAGUGUCGACAGAUCGGGAGCCGCCCAGGGACUGUCCGAAGUCGUGGCUGGGCUAGGAGUUCACAAGUUGCAUAAAAUCAUGCCUGAUAUAAUCGCAACGGCGGAACGAACCGACAUAGCGCCGCACGUGAAGGACGGUUACAUCAUGAUGUUCAUCUACAUGCCCGGCGCCUUCACGGACGAAUUCACCCCCUACAUCGGGCAGAUCAUUAACCCAAUACUGAAAGCGCUGGCCGACGAGAAUGAAUACGUGCGCGAAACGGCCCUCAAGGCCGGCCAGAGAAUCGUGAACCUGUACGCCGAGUCCGCAAUUACUCUACUUCUUCCGGAACUGGAGAACGGUCUGUUCGACGACAACUGGCGGAUCAGGUACAGCUCCGUUCAGCUGCUGGGAGACCUGCUGUACCGCAUUUCGGGCGUGUCGGGCAAGAUGAGCACGGAGACGGCGAGCGAGGACGACAACUUCGGUACGGAGCACUCGCACAAGGCGAUCAUCAACGCGCUGGGCCCCGACCGGCGGAAUCGGGUGCUCGCCGGUCUAUACAUGGGAAGGAGCGACGUCGCGCUCAUGGUACGGCAGGCUGCGCUGCAUGUUUGGAAGGUGGUCGUAACAAACACGCCAAAAACGCUGCGUGAAAUUUUACCUACGUUAUUUAGUUUGCUGCUGGGCUGUCUCGCCUCCACCAGUUACGAUAAACGUCAAGUCGCAGCGAGGACACUCGGAGACCUCGUUAGAAAGAUACCGUCUGUAAGCGAUGUAAGAGUGGGUACAGUGAAUUUGGCUGCCAAAGCCGGUUAUGAAGUCGAAGAGCAUCGCGUUACAACUGCCGAUGGAUAUAUUCUUACCAUGUUUCGGAUACCCGGUGAUAAUAGUCCACCGACAUUAUUGAUGCACGGGAUUCUCGAUUCCAGUGACACUUGGCUGCUGCGGGAAAACGAUUCUUUAGCUGUCGCCCUCGCCAACCGCGGUCAUGACGUAUGGUUGGGCAACUGUCGAGGAAAUUUCUACUCCAAAGACCAUGUCAAUAUAACUCGUGAAAAUAAUCCCAAGGAUUUUUGGAACUUCAGCUUUCAUGAGCUCGGUUAUUACGAUUUGCCUGCCAUGAUCGACUACAUUUUAAAUCACACCGGGGCGCAAAAAGUGAACGCCGUCGGUCACUCGCAAGGGACUACUAUAUUCUUCGUGAUGGCCGCACUUCGACCUGAAUACAACAAAAAAGUAAACGUUCUGGUCGCCCUAGCGCCUAUCGCAUAUCUCAGCAACGUCAGCCCACCUCUGUCGAUCCUCGUCAAAAUCGCACCGGAGCUGAUCGAAGCGAAUAGACUCUUGCAGCAACAUUAUAUCGUCGGCGAUUCCCCGAGUGGAAAACUACUGAAAUCGAUUUGUCUGAAUCCAAUAUAUGGUUACGUUGUUUGCGCUUAUGGGUUAGUGUUUCCUGUGGCUGGAUCGGACGAGGAGGAAUAUACAUCUUCGAUCCAUUACGAAGCGUUCAAGUACUAUCCUGAAAAUGUUUCGCUUAAGUCUCUCGAUCACUUCGAUCAGGUGAGCUUGCGAAAACAGUUCGCUCAAUACGACUACGGAGCACUCAAGAACUUAAAGUUUUACGGGCAGUCAGAACCACCUGCUUACGACUUAGGUCGGGUGGUUAUGGACGUCGCCCUUGUGUGUGGACGCAAUGAUAAGAUAUCAACUUUAGCGGACGUCGCGACACUCGAAAGAGCCUUGCCGAAUGUCAUCCAGUACACAGAGCUGAAGCCGGAGAAGGCGAAUCACCUGGACUUCUUGGGAGAACGGGUGCUGCCGGAGAUCGUUCCCAUUCUGGAGCGAGGGCUGCGUUCGGACCGCGCGGAUCAGCGGCAGGGUGUCUGCAUCGGGUUAGGGGAAAUACUCGCAUCCACUUCAAGAGACGCUGUGCUCAGUUUUGCAGAUGGAUUGGUACCAACAGUUCGCACGGCCCUCUGCGAUGAGCUGCCGGAAGUGCGCAUGGCUGCGGCGCGCACGUUCGACAGUCUGCAUGCGACGAUCGGAAAUAAAGCGCUCGAUGACAUCUUGCCCCCAAUGCUAGAGGCGCUUCAACACCCCGACCACGCCGUCGCAGAUGCUACUCUUGACGGUCUGAGACAGAUUAUGGCAAUUAAGUCUCGCGCAGUUUUGCCGUACCUAGUGCCGGUGCUGACGGGCGGGAGCGGGGGCAAGGCGGAUACGCGCGCUCUCUCGGCACUCGCAGCGGCCGCUGGCAACGCCCUCGCCAGGCACCUGCCAAGAAUACUGCCUGCGCUGCUCGCGUCACUUCGCGCCGCUCGUGGAACCCCUCACGAAGCGAAAGAGCUCGACCACUGCCGCGACGCACUACUCCCGGUUACGGAUGAAGCUGGCGUGAGAUGUAUAAUCGACACGCUACUGGAGUGCGUGCGCACAGACGAGGGCGAGAAGCGGCGAGCGGGCUCAGCGUUGCUGUGCGCGUUCGUGACGCACACUCGCGCUGACCUAUCGCAACACGUAGGCGCGCUGCUUCGCGGCCUGCUGCUGCUGUUCGCCGAUCAAGAUCGAGAAAUGUUGCAGAUGGCGUGGGAGGCGUUGACCGCCUUAACUCGCACACUUGACGCAGAACGGCUUCUCUCACACGUGUCAGAUGUGCGGCAGGCCGUGCGCUUCGCUGCGGCUGAUGUUAAAGGAGACUUGCUACCGGGAUUCUGCUUGCCAAAGGGUAUAGCCCCAGUACUGCCCCUGUUUCGUGAGGCCAUCUUAAAUGGUCUCCCAGAAGACAAAGAGAAUGCAGCAUUGAUGCUCGGUGAGGUGAUUCGGCUAACGUCGGCACCUGCGCUUCACUCCUCCGUGGUACAUAUUACAGGGCCGCUUAUCAGAAUCCUCGGAGAUCGGUUCAACGCUAGUGUUAAAGCCGCUGUUCUAGAGACACUCGGCUUACUACUUUCUAAGGUGGGAGUUAUGUUGAAGCAAUUCUUGCCACAGUUGCAAACCACGUUCUUGAAGUCUCUCAGUGACCCGAAUCGAAACGUGCGCAUCAAAGCCGGCGUGGCCCUCUCGCAACUCGUGCUGAUCCACUCGCGCGCCGAUCCCCUUUUCGUCGAAUUGCACAACGGCAUUAAGAACACAGACGACCCCGCUAUAAGAGAGACCAUGCUGCAAGCUCUUCGGAGCAUCAUAACCGGAGGCGGAGACAAGAUGUCAGAGCAACAUGCUCUGGCUGUUCUGUCGACCUUAACGAGUCCGGCCCUGUUGGCUCAUCCCGAUGAUCCACCGCGAGCGGCGGUCGGAGGAUGCCUAGGAGCGUUACUUCACUGCCUUCCCGCUGCUCAUCGCGACGCAGCCCUACUUCAUCACAUUCUAGGUGGCAAUACACCAUCCGCUCUCAGUGAUGACUGGCUCCUACAACAUGGUAGAUCUUGCGCGCUUUUCGUAGCCCUGAAGGAGACCCCGGAGCAUGUAUACCGUGAUCAAUUCGAAGACAAGGUGGAGAAGGCGCUUCUCGGCUAUCUGGCCAGUGAUAAGACUCCCAUAGCUUGUAAUGGUAUCCGCGGAAUGGGUUACCUUUUGAGGUAUUUGAUACAGCAGAGCCGAACUCUUCCGCAGAAUAUCAUUUCUCAGUUUGUCAGGAGCAUGAACCACAGCAGCAACGAUGUCAAGCAGCUUAUGGCUCGAGCUAGCGUAGUGCUGGCACGCGAUGGGCUGGUGCCAAGCGGGGUGGGGGUAGACUUACUGCGAGCACUUUUGCCUGCCCUCGUGAACGGUACCAAGGAGAAGAACACCUACGUCCGAGCAAAUUCUGAGCUGGCGCUCAGGGCUGUGUUGCGGCUACCACACGAUGAACAGCACUAUCAGCAAUGUAUGUCAUUACUUGAAGAGGGUGGUCGAGAGGCAUUAGCGGAUGUCGUGGCGCGAGUUCUUCGGCGCAGUGUUACGGAAGGAAGGGAAGAAGAGCUCGACUGCACGCUAUUGACUUGA